UUGCUUCCCGUCUCCUUCCUUCCCCACAAAUUUAGUACUAUUUACUUGCACCCCACUUUUCCCCAUUCCCCUGCCCUUCCAUCCCCGUCUCCGUCUCCGCCCGUCGCCGGGAUCGGAUCGCGCCGCUCUUCUCCGGCAGGCGCGGAUCGCCGAUCGGCAAGCAGCGUCGGUCAGCCGGCCGCCGGAGGGGAGCAAGAAGGAGAGGAGGGAUCGGCCGAUGGGGCGGCUCUUCCUGACCAGCCUGGCGCCGGCGACGGGCACCAUCUACUGCUGCAAGCACUGCGACUCCCACCUCGCCUACGCCCAGCACAUCAUCUCCAAGAUGUUCCGCUGCAAGCACGGCAAGGCCUACCUCUUCGACAAGGUCGUGAACGUGGUCGCCGGGGAGAGCGAGGACGACCGGAUGAUGACCACGGGCCUGCACACCGUCCGCGACAUCUUCUGCGUCGCCUGCGGAGCCAUCCUCGGCUGGAAAUACGUGUCUGCCUUUGAGAAGGACCAGAGGUAUAAGGAGGGCAAGUUCAUCCUGGAGAGGUGCAAGAUCCAUUCGGGCGGAGGCGGCCCUCCCAACCGCAUCCAGCUGUGGGCUGAGCACGAUGCUCGCAUAAGUUCCAGCGAGGAUGACGACCAGGGCGCCGUGUGACCUUGCAAGACAAUGCAAGAUCAGUUCAUUAGGCAGGCAGACAUGACAUGACUGUAAAUAUUAGUGUUAAUCAGCGUCGUUCCGUUCCCCGGCGCAAACCAUGUAGCUGCUCGCUAGAUGAAGAACCAUGAAUGCUUAUCUAUCUAUGCAUAUGCAACCAUAUGAACCAGACUAGUUGUCGUUCAUGUACAUAUAAGAAUGCGUGUCCACCAGAAUAAAGUCUUCAUCAGUUUUAGUACUGAUUUGGUUA